GCCAUUGGAACGAGGAUGGCGUAAAACAAAAGAUGGUAAUUUUUUACAGCCAAAAGUACGAUUAUGCCAGGAGGUAGUUACUGUUGGCUCUCAAAAGCGGGGACAACGCAUUACUAUCCCUGUGAAGAAACUUUUUGCAAAAGAAAAACGACCAUAUGGCCUUGGCAUGGUGGGAAAACUUACAAACAGGACAUAUCGGAAGAGAAUUGAUAGCUAUGUGAAAAGACAAAUUGAAGACAUGGAUGACCACAGGUUAGCCUAA